AUGAUCUUGACUGAACCAGCCGCUGCUCCUAUCGAAAAAGACAGUAAUAGCCAUCAAUCAGUAAUCAAUGAUGAUGACUCUGUGGAUAGAUACAGCUCACCUGUUCCAGAACAUAAUGGUGUUGAUGACAACGAUGACGAAGCAGCAGGAGGAUCUGAGCGAUUCAAUACUCCUUCAGUGACUGCUGCUGCUCUUCUUGGAACUGCUGCAUCCUCUGCAGGCUUGUCUAUUGAGGAGUAUGAACUACCUCGUUCUAUUGUUCAGAGAGUGAUCAAAAGAUCUACUCCAGCAAACAUCAAAGUUCACAAGGAUGCCAAGUCUGCUUUGAAUCGCUGUUGCACUGUAUUCAUCAACUAUCUUACUGCAACUGCGAAUGAUGUGACAAAAAAGGCAGGUCGCAAGACUGUUGGUGUUACUGAUAUCUACAAGGCAUUGGAAGUCUUGGAACUACAAGAAGUUCUUUUUGAUCGAAUCCAGUCCAGUGUACAAGCGUUUCAAAAACAAGUCAAGGGUCGACGACUGGAAAGCAAAAAAAGACAGCAAAAUAAGAAGCAGUCUGAUGAUGCAGAAGCAGAUCCUGAAGAAGAGACCCAUACAGCAGAGAUGGAAGUGGACGAGGUUGAGGAUGCAAUUCCACAGAAGCGAAAGACAGAUCUGGCAGAAAAUGAUGGCAAGAAGCAAAAGCCAACAGUAGACAUGGAGGACGAUGCUGGACAGUCUUCGGCUGUAGAGGAUGAUGGGUCGGGAUUGCAUUCGUCAGAUCGGGAUGCAUCGUAA